AUGCCUUCUCUCAAUCUCUCCGGGCUACUCAAGAAGAAGCGGACACGAGACAACAAUCAGGAGCCCCAAACCUCGAGCCAGCCCAACAGCCCCAUUACCCCCACCAGCGCCGCGCGCAAGUCGAGCUCCAUUCCUGUUGCCUCUGUCGUUUCCUCUUCGCCGUCAGCGUCUGCCUCGGCCAAUUCGCAGGUGAAUCCCCAGCAGCAGCAGCAGCAGCAGCAACAGCAGCAGCAACAGCAACAGCAGCAGCAUCAAUUGGCGCCUUCUGCUGAGGCCGAUAACCUGUCGCCGGGCAUGUAUCCCGUAUCUGUUCACCCGGCAAAUCACCAGAACAGCCCUCACGCGGCUCUUCACCACAACCCUCUGCAAUCCGACUCGCAAAAAAGCCUACCGAGUAUCAGUAACCUCAUCAACCCCCCUCAACAGCAUGACGGCUCGAAUCAGCAGUCCAACACAUUCCUAACCCAACCCGCGUCUCACAUUCAACCCUCGGCCAGUCCUGGCACCGAUCCCGAACGCCUACAACAGCAACAAGCCCAAUCCAUGAUGCAUCCGCCACAACAGCAACUACACAACCACCAGCAUCAAUUGCAACAACAUGGCCAAGACCAAGGCCAGGCUCGCCAGACCAAGGGCAAAUACACCCUCACCGAUUUCGACCUGCUACGCACCCUCGGCACGGGCAGCUUCGGUCGAGUACACCUUGUCCAGUCUAAACACAACCAGCGCUUCUACGCCGUCAAGGUUCUCAAGAAGGCGCAGGUCGUCAAGAUGAAGCAGGUCGAGCACACGAACGAUGAGCGGCGCAUGCUUGGCGAGGUCAAGCAUCCAUUCCUGAUAACCCUGUGGGGCACCUUCCAGGACUCCAAGAACCUAUACAUGGUCAUGGACUUUGUCGAGGGCGGCGAGCUGUUCUCGUUGCUUCGUAAAUCCGGUCGAUUCCCGAACCCUGUCGCCAAGUUUUAUGCCGCCGAGGUCACACUCGCGUUGGAAUACAUGCACGAGAAGGACAUAAUCUACCGAGAUCUGAAGCCAGAGAAUCUCUUGCUCGAUCGACACGGCCACCUCAAGAUUACUGAUUUUGGAUUCGCCAAGAAGGUACCAGACAAGACAUGGACGCUUUGCGGCACACCUGACUACUUGGCGCCCGAGGUCGUAUCGAACAAGGGCUACAACAAGUCCGUGGAUUGGUGGUCACUAGGUAUCCUCGUCUACGAAAUGCUGUGCGGCUACACGCCCUUCUGGGACAGCGGGUCGCCGAUGAAGAUCUACGAAAACAUCCUGCGCGGCAAGGUCAAGUACCCGCAGUACAUGGACCCUAGCGCGCGGGACCUCUUGGAGAAGCUGAUCACGGCGGAUCUGACGAAGCGCCUGGGCAACCUUUACCACGGCUCGAAGGACGUCAAGAACCACCCCUGGUUCGCGGAGGUUACGUGGGAGCGACUGGCGAAGAAGGAUAUUGAUGCGCCGUACAGCCCGCCCGUCAAGGGUGGCACGGGCGACGCAAGCCAAUUCGACCGGUACCCAGAAGAGACUGAGAAGUACGGUGCGACGGGGCACGACGAAUUCGGCCAUCUCUUCACCGAGUUUUGAGUUGGCCCCCCGCCAUGAUGGUAUGGGUAUCAGAGGCCAGUGACGCGAAUGUCGGCAGAGACGACGUUUGACAGGAGAGACACAGCCACGGCAAAUCUACCAACGGGACCACGAGCGCUCAUGCGAAGCCCCAUGUGGCCCUACAAGGCCAUUCGUCAUGGCCACACCUGCAGGCCGGGAAAGGAAUGCGACAAGGCCGAAGCACUGGAGAGGGGUCGGUCGUGAUGAGCGCUAGCGCACUUGCUCUAGUGUCGUUCUGAUCAUUAUUUUUCUGGAUAAUGAACGUGUCAAGAUGAUGGGUGCUGGAUGACGGGACAUGAGGAGGCUUUUUUUUCAACAAUUUCCUGCUGGGAUGCGAAAACAGAGGGCUCAGGUUUGGAAAGACGCAGGCGCUUGGAUGUAGGUGUUGGAUGUGCGUGAGGAGAGGAGGCGGUUGGAGUGCUACAGUAUCGAAUAGGCCCUGCAACGACGACGCCCUACAUCACCUGGCCAUGGCGUGCCGACCAUAGCCACUCUGCGAUGGCCAUUCAUUGACAUGACAAUAUAUGUUAUUGUGGCA